AUGGUUAGCAUGUUUCUUACGUCUCAGAAAGCUAUAAUGAGCGGUAAGUUGAAUUAUUAACCAUCGCCCUCUCUGUGUUCCGGAAUAAUGCAUUGUCACGUCACAAGCUUGAGCUCAGAAUUCUUCCUUGAUGGUAACUUUUCUCGAUCUCUUUCGUAAAGGCCAGCUUCAAAAUGCAGAGAGUGAACGCCAACAUCUUCUAGAAAGAUUGCUUGAUGCUGUUAAGCAGGUACUAAAACAAUUCCCAACGUUGUCAGUUAAAUAAAUAAAUCUGACCUUGCUGAUAUGUUCUAUCACUGAUAUUAUCUGAGAUUUUAUUCCUCUCUUUACUGCUGCUAAUUAUUUCAACAUGACGGUGUCCAACAAGAAAGCUCUUGCUACUUUGGACACUGUACACAAAUGAACUUAAUGUCUUUUAGUUAAUUAUUAUUUGUCAGCUACUUUAUUUUCCUACCUACGUACACUUAUGUAAAUAACUUAUAUAGUGUAAAAUAAAAAAAUGAAUUAAAUUGAAUUGAAUUGAAAUAUAACGAAAACAUUCAUGGCGACGUACUGUGAGCUCUUACUUUCUUAAUUUGGCCUCAAAUGUUAGUCCUAAACGUUUAGAAGGCAUGUUUUCAUGAGAUGUUAUGGCAAGAUUUCUGUAUAAUCAUAGAAAAAAACAGGAGUCAAAGAAAGUAAUGACCUCCUACUGAUCCCUGACGCCUGUUGAUUCCCCUAAUUAAAAAUAAAUUCGUCUUUUUAAAAAAAAAACACUCAAGGUGGAUUGCAAAGCCUUUUUUGUUGAAAAAGUAAUAUCUGGCUCAAAACCUUGAGAAAUCAUGUGAUUUGCAUUUCAAUAUAGACAUGUAUAUGGUCUUGGCCGGCCUGGAGUCUCUUAGUGACAGGAGAGUAGGAGCUUGUAAGUGGUUUAUGGCUACUGCACGCCAAAUGUCCCCCCCCUUAAGAACGACAUCCCCUCUCCUGCUGCUAUUGAGUCUCAUUACAGUAUAAGGGUCCAACUUUUAAGAUGUAAACAUGGUCAUACCAGAAGAAUUAAUGACGUUGUAACUUAUAAAUUUUAGUGAAUGUAUGUAAAUGGUUAAUUGUAUGUGACAAUGACCUUCCCCAGCAAUUCAGUUAUUGCUGCAAGUGGGUGAAAUAAGCAGAAUAUCUAUCUAUCUAUCUAUGUAUCCCCUUGAGUAUGUAAUCUAUUUAUCUGAGUACUUGGUUUCUUCCCAAAAAUGGGCAAUGUUAUCAUUGUAUGUGGCUAAAUUAUUGACCAAUCAGAGUUCUCAAUGAUUGAUCACUUGGAUAAGCCAGUUUACUUUAAAUUGAGUUGUAUAGCUUUAAAGUAUAAAUCUAGGAUAGGAGACACAAAGGAGCUGCUGAAUAUAGGGUGCAUUCCAUUGGGAUGAUCCGGAUCAGGAUCAGUGAUGCGAGAUCACUCAGAUCAUAGCACAUCAAAGGAACUGGCGAGCCCACGCUAAGAAAGGAUUCAUCCGUUAAUUUUGUGUACCAUGAAUCACUCGGAUCACUGAUCUAAUCCAUAUCAUCCCAAAGGAAAUCCCUAUAGUGUUAACAUAUGUAGAAAAGAAAAACAAGGACGCUUUCCUUUUGUCAGAACUGACCAACCAGACCAUUCCCGUUGUAAUGAGAAUUUCACUUUCAAUCAAAACUAUCCAGCCAGAUCAGUCAAAUCCUGAAUAGUGUGAAUGAAGGAGAAGGUUUUUCAACAAAAACCCUUUGGAAAAAGCGGAUUUCAUUUGCUAACUGACUGGUCCUACAGGCCAGAUCUGACAAAUCCUAAAUAGUAUGCAUGAAGGAGAAGGUUUUUCAACAAAAAUCCUUUGGAAAAAGAGGAUUUCAUUUGCUAACUGACUGGUCCUACACGCCAGAUCAGUCAAAUCCUAAAUAGUAUGCACGAAGGAGAUGGUUUUUCAACAAAAACCCUUUGGAAAAAGCCAAUUUCAUUUGCUAACUGACUGGUCCUGCAGGCCAGAUCUGACAAAUGGAAAGUGCCUUAGAGUCCCAGAUAUGUACUGAGUGACUCCCAAUCCCACAACACCUCUCCGUUCCAACCCCACCCAGCUUUAUUUAUUUUAUUUAGUAAAACAGCUUUUUCAAUAAAUUUCAGUGUCAGGUGAGAUUUGGAGGUAAAACUGAACUUGCAACUGAUGGAGACAGCAGGUAUUGAGCAUGUUUUUAAUGAUUUUUCUGCCUCAAAACUGACUAAAAUUUAGACUACUAAAAAUAAAGAUUUAGGUUAUAUGCUCUCCCAGGUUUAUAAAUGUUGUGCUGUUUAGAAAUUUAUUGCAAUAAAAAUAGUGGGACACAGACCUAAAAGGGGUUGGCCCCAGUGUAGGUGAUCAGUGACCUUGAAUGGCAAAGAAAAACAUUCUUUGAACCACUAGGUUAGCAGAUGUACACCAGAUCCCUUAGUUAACAAAGUGAAAAUUAAUAUUGCCCUGUUGUACUAGAAGUGCAGUGGUCAAGCAAUUUACCUCCUGGAAACCUCAUAUCCAGGUUUAAGCCUUCCCAUUGCAUUGUUUUCUUAGACAAGAAACUUUGCCUGAAAAAUUAGAGAUUAAAGAAGUUUUAAACAUAACUUUUCCCCUUGAAGGUUAAUAAUUCUAUUCUUUUUUAGGGUUGUUUGUCUUUUGACUCAAUAUGAAGCAGUGUUUCAGCAUGGUUUUAAAAGGACAAGAGCUAGUGCGUUUAGGUACAGUAGAGUAAAAUUAAUUUUGCUCGUCUGCAUCAAUUUUUUUUUGGUCUGUGUGAACCUUUUAAAAUGAGUUUAGCUUUAAUCUUUAAUGUUUUAUUAAUUUAUUUACUUUUAUUACAGACAAGUUGGUCAAGUUGCUGGAAUUGUUAAACUGGAUUCAGAGGCAGGUGGGUGGAUAAUUAGCGGCCUUCUCAACCCUCCACGUUAAAGGUUUUGCUUGGUCGCCAUUUGGCAACCAAUAAUCUUUUGGUUUAGCGAGACUUUUUUACAAAUCAAGUCGCCAGCUUCAAAAUUUUAGGUGCCAUUGCGACUAAAAUGGUUGCAACUUGGAGGGUUGCUUCUGGUCCAGUUGCAAAAUAUCAGCUUCCAAAAGUUCAUGCAUGCGCAGAAAGCAAAAAAGUUUUGAGAUACUUUCCUGGUAUAAAAGUGACACAGCAGUCUUGACUUUUUCCUUGCACUUUCACUCCUUCCCACCCCUUUUUCUCUUGUUUCCCACUUUUUAGUUUAUUUGUUUGUUUUGCUGAGCAUUAUUUAAUACAAUGUAGGCCUAAUUUCGGUGGGAAAUGCUUUUGGGAUUGUAGGAUUAAAUGGAAGGAACCACACAAAAUUUUCAGGUCUACUUUAUAAAUAGUGUUUUGCCUUUUUUCUCCGGCAAACUUGACUAAAUUGUGAUCAGUCUGGUAUUGUUUGAAGAUCUCUUUCUCCUGCAUAACGUAUAUGACAGAGUUGUUUAAAUUGUUGACAUCACAAGCAACACCAGGGACGUGGAUCUCAACAUGCGGUGCAGGGGCGAAUGGGUUAAAGAAACAUUUUGUGUUAUCAUAACUGAUAAUAAAUUUUUAUUGGAUCUUGGAAUAAAGGCUCAACAUUAUUUAUGUACUAUGGGCUUAUUCAUAUUCUUUUAAUUUUCCUUGCCUCAUUUGACUGUCUUUUAUACACUAUCUGAUUUUGUGAACAAGACGUAGUGUUUUAUUUCUCUUAACCUAGUUUUCUGGAACUUUGUAAAAGUCCAUCUGGGAAAAUUAGAAGAGGAAAGGUUUAUUUCUCUGCAGAAAGCAACAACAGAUGCUGGAAAAGGUCAGUGAAGUAGAGGCCCAUUGUGCAGGGCAGCGUAGGUUCCCUGCCAUUUUUCUUGGCACACAGCCUUGGUUCAACCUUGGGAUCAAUUCAGGUUUCCGGGAAACUGCCCACCUACCCCUCCCCUAAACCACCAUAAACUCUUACCUCUCACUUAGGGAAAAAUGUUGGCUAAGUGGAGGGGUAGGUGAACAGUUUUUCAGAAACCUAAAUACUGAUCCCCCAGGGAGGGUGUCUUCUCCUGCUGUUCAAAAAAAUCAGACACCCCUCCCCCUCAGUCUGGUUCAUUUGCCUAUUACCAGUCCUUAUUCACUAUGGAACAUGAGAAAUUGCCUGGGAAUGAAAAAAUCAGGUCUUCCUGUCAAGCAAACGUCUCCCCAGCAUUAUAUCAAACGCGGUUACAAACCAAAGUUUGAAAAGGAACUUUGAAAAACUGUUAGGCUAAUGAGUAUUCAAAAACCACAAUAUUGCAGUCCGUUUCAGUCCUUGAGUUUGUCCAUCAACGUCCCCUUUUCUCUUUGCUCAGGGCCCAGUUGUUCAAAGGCUGAUCAGCGCUUAACCCAGGGUUAAAUUUAACCCGGGUUUCUUUUUAUUUUGUUCAAAAGCAUUUUCUUGAAUAAUUUUCUUUGUUAUUUUUAAGAGCAUCAAAUCAUCAACUUCAGCAGUGUUAAUACUUUCUUUUCAUGUUUUGAUUGGUUAUUUUUAUGUUUCACCCAGUUUGGUGGCAGUUGCCACUGUUUAAAGUUUGUUAAAUUUCGUGACACAUCUCCUUUAUUCAUUUAGUUGAAAUAACUUAGGCGUUGUUUUGUUAUCAUAAAUAAGUGAAACUAAGGGACAGACCAUUAGAAAACUUAUGGAGUUGUUAGGGGGGGGGACCUUGCGAAGUGUAAAAAAUGUUCGUGCAAUAGAAAAUUAAAUGAAAAAAUUCGUCCACGCCAAGUAACCCCUUUUUGUCCCUAAAAAAUAUUCAUGCCCUUCCCUAAAAAAAUUCUUACAAGGGAAAUGUUAACAAAAAGUAUUCAAGCGGCUCGAAAAUUUCCCACCCCCCCCCCCUCCCCUCCCCCUCUAUAACUUUUCUAAUGGUCCGUCCCUAACAUCAGUUGCUCUCUUCCAAAGGACGUGCCUGGUUGAGGAGUACAUUAAAUGAACACUCUUUAGAAAGAUACUUCCACAACAUGCUGGGAAAUAAAACACUUUUGAGGUAUGUUAAGUCAUUGCAUUAAGAAGGAAAAACAGUACGCCCUUCACCAGAGAUGAUAUUAGACGAAAAUAAUGUGAGCACUAUUCUUGACUUUAACCUAUAUUUUUGUGCAUAUGACAGUCAGUUUUAUGAAAAAGAAGCUUUUCUUAUGGAUGAAGAGCGCGCCAGCAUGCUCCCUAUGACUGCUGCAGGUGAGAGUCCAUUAUGA